UCUUCCUCUUUCUUUGCAAUUUGAUCAAUACUAGAUUUGCAACGCCACGCAAUGUCGGGACUUAAUUUAACUGUAAAAGUGCAUCCUGUGGUGCUGUUCCAGGUUGUAGAUGCCUACGAAAGGCGUAAUGCAGAUUCCCAUCGUGUCAUCGGUACCUUAUUGGGCUCUGUUGAUAAAGGCGUUGUUGAAGUGACAAAUUGCUUCUGUGUUCCCCACAAGGAACACGAUGAUCAAGUUGAAGCUGAAUUGAGUUAUGCUUUAGAUUUAUAUGACUUAAAUCGUAAAGUAAAUCCCAAUGAAAAUGUUGUGGGCUGGUGGGCAACUGGUAACGAAGUAACCAAUCACAGUUCUGUAAUCCAUGAAUACUACGCCCGUGAAUGCAACAACCCAGUCCAUUUGACUGUUGAUACCUCUUUGCAAGGUGGUCGUAUGGGUCUGUGUGCCUACGUCUGCAUUCCAUUGGGCGUUCCUGGUGGUAAAACCGGUUGCAUGUUCACUCCCAUCCCCGUGGAAAUGACCUGCUAUGAACCUGAAACUGUGGGUAUAAAGUUGUUGCAAAAGACCAUUGGAAAUUCAGCUCCACACCGCACUAAGACGGUAUCGCCCAUGUUGGACUUGGCACAAAUAUCAGAAGCCGCUACCAAGUUGCAAAGCUUGUUGGAGCUUAUUUUGAAGUAUGUUGAAGAUGUUAUUGCUCACAAACAACCCCCAGACAAUGCGGUAGGACGUCAGCUUUUGGAUCUUAUCCACUCGGUGCCACACAUGUCCCAUGAACAAUUCACCCAAAUGUUCAAUGCCAAUGUUCGUGAUUUAUUGAUGGUCAUCACUCUAUCCAAUCUUAUUAAGACACAACUACAACUGAAUGAAAAAUUGACUUAUUUGCCAACAAAUUAAACGGGUGGCGUUUGGAGAACACAUUAAAAAUAGUUGUACUUUUUUAACCAAAACACAGUAAAGGACGUUUCGGAGGGAGGAAGUUGACAUAAGUGUUUUAUACGUUUUAAGUGGAAUUUUGUGUAAAAAGAGAGAGAUAAGGGAAUGUAUUAUCUUAUGUAUAAACGAAAUAAAUUUUUAUGCACUUUUGUCUACUUCACAA